CCGUUUCCUCCUCCAAACGUGAAGAUUAUUGUUGCAAAGAAUUUCCAACAAUCCUCCUGUUGGAAGUCCAACAGCCACAUAUCCACGGUAUCACGCUAGUUGAGGAGCUUACAGAGGCAGUUUUGCAUCUUGUGGGAGCUACGGAGAGGGCAACAGUUGAUUGAGGUUCUGGAUCAAACGCGUACUGGCGGCUGUCUUCGCGAUACGUCAAGCUUUGCAUCUCGGCCUGGCUUGAGGAUGGCGUAUCUGAUUGCCGCCUUGCAGAAGCAGGGCCCAUUGACACUCCUACGCGGGGUUAGGUCUUACAGGGAAUACUUAGACCUUGUAAUAUCCUAUAGGGAAAAGGAAUACCAAGUAUAUAGAGCCAUUAUAUAUAUACAGUCCGAGUUCUUUGCUAUAGCCUAUAAGAUAGAUAGAGAUAGAGCCGAUAUCAAUAGGCUGGCUAUAGGCGCCCUCGCCACUCAUAUAAGGAUUUACGCCUUAGCAGAGAAGUACCUUAUCCGUAGAUUAAAGACUGUCGCGGUUCGGAAAUUCAAGGCGGAGGUUACUAUUCCCUUUCGUUCCUUGGAUAUCUACGAUUUUAUUCACGCAAUGGAGGUGGCGUAUACAUCUACUAUUGAAGAUGACAGGAGCCUAAGAGACGUCGUCGUGGAAACUCUCUAUAAGCAUCCCCACUGGCUAGACAAGGAAGAGGUGCGAGAUGUGAUGAAGGAAUUGGGCGCUUUGAUGUAUGAUUUCAUUAUCUACAUGCGCCAAAAGGGCAGGAUCUAA